UUUGUAGAUUUAACCUAACAGUAAACGCAUUGUUCAUCUUGCUUUUUUAAAUAUCUAAAAAUGUUAUCAUCAAAGAUUAUUAAACUGCAAAAUGCAUCAAAUGUUCUUUGGAAAUGUAAUGCAAUUAGAGCAUCUUCAUCAGCAAAAGGUCCUAUUGAACCAGCCCGAAUGGAAAAGACAAUAAAUAAUGUACAAUUACUUGGAAGAGUUGGUGCAGAUCCACAGAAGAAGGGCAGUGAUAAUCAUCCAAUUGCAGUAUUUUCAAUGGCAACACACUCCAACUAUAGGUAUGAGUCUGGGGAGUUCCUGCAAAGGACUGAAUGGCACAGGGUAAUUUGCUUUAAACCUGGCCUGAGGGAAACCAUUUUAACUUAUUUGAAGAAAGGACAAAGAGUGCAUGUAACUGGUCGUAUCACUUAUGGUGAGAUUAAAGGAGAUGAUGGUAAACAAAGAAGUACAACUGCUAUAGCUGCAGAGGAUGUAAUUUUCUUCCAUACCAAAGAGACAUAAAUUUACUGUCUUUCAAAAGUUUAUACAUGCAACUUAUCUAAAGAAUAUUAUAUUACUUUUUAAUUUUGGUUGGAUACAGUUGUAUUUAUAUAAAUAACACUUCUUUUAUAUGUGAUGAAUCUUCAUAGU